UAGAAGGUUGGAGAAGGUAAUGAGUCCCGACUUAUAAUUUUUUUGUUUUUUUUUAAUUUUUUUGUUUUUUUAUAAAAUGGGUAUAGAAUGGAGUAAAAGUAUAUAAACACUACUCAACCACGGAAGCGUAUUUUUUUCCACACGGAUGAAUCUCUUUCUUCCCGAGAGAGAAACCGAAGGAAGACGAAAGUAGCAGAAGAAAACCCCCUUGGAGCACUAGAAAUUCGUUUCUUUAAUGGCGAGGCCUAAUCAAGAAGAUAUCGAUACAUUCAUCAGCAUCACCGGGGCGACCGAAGCAGUUGCCGUUCAAAAACUCGAGGCGCAUGGUGGUGAUCUAAAUGAAGCUGUGAAUGCACAUUUUAGUGAAGGAGAUCCAAACAGAUCAACAAGCGUGCAUGAAACCAUAGUUACUGCUCCACAAGAUGAUAUCAUGGACAUUGAUCAAGUUGAACCCCCAGCACCUCCUUUAUCAACGGCUAUAAAUAUGAACCAAUUUCCUCAUCUUGAUCCAGACUUUAGUAGAAGGUUUCUGGAUAGUGUUUCUGGUUUUACAAACCGUGCACCCUUCAUAACACAUCCAAAAGAAGUUAGGGAGAUUCCCAUAGAGGUAAAGGAUAGCGGUCAGCCAUCUGAUCGGUCUGGCCGCACUCCUACUAUUGAGGAUGUCACUGAAACUGAGUAUGCACACGACCCAGAUAUUCAUGGGACUGUUUUAAUUGAUGAUGAUGAUGAUGAGAAUUUUUCAGCGGCCUCAACUGCUCAGGCUACACUGCGUGGUGUAGAAGACAAUCAUAUUUUGGGUGAUGGUUCUCAUGACAGAAACAUUAGACCCAGUGCUCCUGAAUCUAACAGAUUGCUAGACCAUAGCGAUGACAUAGAAGAAGAAAUGAUUCUAGCUGCUAUUGAGGCUUCAAAACGGGAGGUUGAGGGAGCGCACAAUGACUUAGCUGAGCUGGAGCCUCAGCCAAGGCAAUCUCACUUGGAAGAUGCUGAACUUGCACAUGCAGUUUCAUUGUCCCUGAAGACGGCUGAGAAAGAGAAAGCGUUGCGUGAGCGAGGGGAAAGUGCUGGAGCAUCAGAUGUUGGAUCUUCUAAGCCAGCUGAGGGGGAGCAAGUAAAAUUAUCUGCAUCAAAUGGGAGGUUGGAGCCCGGAAGCUCAUUUAUCCAAGAGGAAGCUGAAGAUGUUGAAGAGCAGCCUCUUGUCAGGCAUAGGUCCCGUAACAUGUCUUCUGGCUCUGUCGAGUCUGCCAAAGAUGUCAUAGUUGUUGACGAUAGCCCACCAUCAAGUCCAGGACAGCAUGAUUUGCAUAAUCGUCCUCAGCACAAUAGAAAUGCCUUUCCUUCUGAUGAGUGGGGAGGGAUUUCUUCUGAGGAGCAUGAUGAAGCAGUCAUGCUAGAGGCUGCAAUGUUUGGUGGAAUUCCUGAAGGGACUGGAUACCGUUCAGCAUAUGCACCUCAUCAUUUCAUGCAAGCCGAGGGUCAUUAUCCCCAGUGGCAACCUCGCCCUCCAUCACCCUCCCUGGCCGCACAGCGCUUGAUUCGGGAACAACAGGAUGAUGAAUAUCAUGCAUCUUUGCUGGCUGACAAAGAAAAAGAAUUGAAGGCCAAGGAGGAAGCUGAAGCUCGUCAUUUAGAAGAGGAAGCGGCUAGAGAAAAAGCUCGUGAAGAAGAGAGAUGUAGAGAGGAAGAAUCUCGAAGGAAAUUGGAGGAAGAACAGGAAUUGGAGAGACAACUGGCUGCGAAAGAGGCUUCUCUGCCACAGGAACCAGUAUCAAACGAUGAAAAUGCUGUAAACCUUCUAGUACGGAUGCCAGAUGGUAGCCGCCGUGGGCGCAGAUUUCUCAAAUCUGACAAGCUACAGUUUCUCUUUGACUUCAUAGAUAUUGGUAGAGUUGUCAAACCUGGAUCUUACAGAUUGGUGAGGGCAUACCCUAGGCGAGCUUUCGGUGACACAGAGAGGGCUUUGACACUGAAUGAACUUGGGCUGACCAGCAAACAAGAAGCCUUGUAUCUGGAAUUGGUCUAGAAUGACAGAGUCCAAAAAUGUAGAAAUUUAGUCACUUGAAUAUUUUAGUUUUAUUAAAAUAUGAAGAGGGACAUGAAAUAUGGGGAUUCCCUUUUGGUUCGUGGUGUUUGGCCGAGAUACAUGGAAUUUGAGGAGAUGAACACAAUUAUUGUUGACCGUACUGGGCAGAAAGAACUAUCAUUUAUCGCUAUUUAUUUCCUUUUAUUCGACGGUAUUGCAUACUUCUUGGGGAA